AAAUUUCAAUCGAAAACUCGUGUCAUCACCUCCACUUUUUAUAUUGAAAGUCUUGGAGCGACAAAUGCACCUGGAAGGUCUUCAUGCAACUCACUGCAUAGUGCUACGCUCGAUAACCUCCCUUUUAACUCAAACCCCAAUAAUCACCUCUCCACGAACUCCCACGAUGGACCCAAGGCUCGCCGAAGCAAUGCUAAACUCUCAAGCCCAGCAGAACCAGACCCAUCAGCAGAUUGUGUUCCAGGCCAUGACCGCCGCCAUGGCGGCACAGGCUCAGCUCCCUCCUCAUGGGCUCCAGCCUGCGCCGCAACAAGCUCCGAGCAGGGAUGAUUCCAUCACGAUCCAAGGGAGUCAGAGUCAGGAUGAUGUGUUGAGGGAGUAUGAGCAGGCACAGAGGCAGGUGUUGGAGGAUAGGCCUGGGAAUCGGGAGACGCGGCUCUUGACAGAGGAUGAGGAGCAAGAUCUCGAGGAACCGCCUGCGAAGCGCGGGAGAGGAAGACCGAGGAAGGUCAGCAACCUCGAAAUCGAAGACGCCGAGCAGCACACCGGUGAGGAUCAGCACGACACUACCCACCCCGGUCCCAUAACGCGAUCUAACACAACCGUCGACAACACCACCCCGAACCCCGAAACCCCUCUAACCCAGAAACGCGGCCCCGGCCGCCCAAAAGGCUCUGGCUCAGCCGUCCCCUACCUCAAAUGGACCGAACCCAUGUCAACCGACUUCCACCACUACUUCUGGACCCGGGGCAUGAUCCGCCCCACCGGCGCGCGCUCCCACGCCCUCAUGCGCGAAUUCGCCGCACGUUGGGGAAUCGAGGAUGUCGGGAAAGUCAAAUCCAAGAUUUCGAAUUAUUUUACGACGCAGUUGAGUGCUGAGGAAAGGGGGAGGGCGAAUAGUCUGUGGGAGGGGAAGUUUAAGAGGAUGGUUGGGGUUGAGGGGGAGGAGGGGGAGAUGUCUACGCCUGGUGGUGGGGGAGUGCUCACGCCGGGUGGGACGAGAAUCGACGAAACCGGACCAAUCCCCACGUUCCGUCCUACCGGGCGACCCCUCGGCGGGUCUGGAAGCCCCAAAACCCCAGGCGCUGGCACAUUCGCCGUGCAGCGCUUCGACUCCUCUCGCACGGAAAGCGUGGAUGGUGCCGGGGAGGACACCCUUGAGGGCAUGUUGGCGCGUGCGCGGGCGAAGUUCGAUGAGGGGAUGAUGUUGAUUAGGGAGGUUAGUGCGAGAUUGGAUAAGAGGAGGAGGGAGGAGAGUCUGGAUAGGAAUAUGAAUAUGGAGAUUGGGCAGGCGAUGGAGCAGCCGCAACAGCAACAGCAACAGCAGCAGCAGCAGUUGGAAGAAAUAGAGCAAGUGCAAGAGGAGCAGUAGUUUGUGAGAUAUCCGUAUGGAGACUGAACACAAAAGGUAGGGAUGAAUGAAUCUCGUUUCACAUGAUU